AUGGAGAAAUCGGGCAGUAUAGUGCAUAAUCUUUUAAACCGUGCAAUCGGACAAGAGACAAGAGCAGAGCUCAAGAAAUUUUCGCUUCAAAUACUACAUCGCAAAAUACAGUUCACAGCUAACGGAUAUUUUACGCUCGAUAAUACUUUUCUUUAUUCGCUAACUGGCACAGUGGUGACAUAUUUG